CUCUCUCUCUCUCUCUCGGUAGCCAUGGGAAUUCCACCGAAGCCAAUCUCCCCGGCCGUUCAGGAGGCCGUGGAGGAGAUCAUGAGAGUGUACAGGUCCCUACCCCCAAGGCCCUCCAUAGAGGAGGUGGAGGCAGCCAUGGCCGUGAUCGAGAGCUCAACCGCCGAGGAGGAGCUCAGGAUCCAGGAGGUGGACAGGAUGGAGAAGUCCCCGGGCGUGCCCGAAGAGCUCUUCUUUGUGCUGCAGGAGGUGAAGAAGAACACGGUCCGGCUCCAGAGCCAAGAGCAGAGGAGGGAGGCCCUGCACGUGGUGGAGCUCGACAAGAGGUUCCAGGUGUUCGACGAGCUAAUCCAGAGGACCUCCAAGCUGGUCUCCUCUGAGGAGAGUGAUGAAGGCGAUGAAAAGGAGGGGAAAAAUGCUAGUUUUGGUGUGAUCCUCCCGAGGAUUGAUAAGGGUUUGGUCAAGAAGGACAAGGAUGAGAAGAAGGGGGAGUUGGAUCUUCCGAAAGGACUGCUAAAUGUUCCCAGUAUUCCCCCUUCGAAAUCUGAGAUCCCCUCUUCAGGUGGUGAUGCUGAUAAAUUAAGUCUCAUCCAAGUGGCAAGCUUGAUUGAGACUAAAGCAAAAAAUGGAACCGGGAUUCUUGACCUUCGGGGUAAGUUGAUGGACCAAAUUGAGUGGCUUCCGCUGUCACUUGGGAAGUUACAGGACAUCACUGAGCUGGAUUUAUCUGAGAACCAGAUCAUGGCACUUCCAUCAACAAUUGGUAGCCUAAGGUUCUUAACAAAGCUUGACAUGCACUCGAACCAACUGAUAAAUCUACCUGACUCAUUUGGAGAACUAUCCAAUCUAGUUGAUCUCGACCUGCACGCGAACCGGUUGAAAUCUCUGCCUGCUUCAUUUGGAAACCUUACAAGUCUCGCCGACUUAGACUUGAGUUCCAAUCAGUUGUCUGUACUGCCAGAGACUUUAGGGAAUCUAACAAAAUUGAGAAGAUUGAACAUUGAAACAAACGAGCUCGAAGAGCUUCCUUACACUAUCGGAUCAUGUGCUUCUCUAGUUGAGCUCAGGUUGGAUUUCAAUCAACUAAAAGCACUUCCUGAAGCGAUUGGGAAGCUGGAAUGCUUAGAAGUUCUGACAUUGCACUACAACAGAAUUAAAGGGUUGCCUACUACAAUGGCUUCACUUUGCAAGUUGAAAGAACUUGAUGUUAGCUUCAACGAGCUCGAAUCAAUACCUGAGAGCCUGUGCUUUGUCACUACCCUCGUGAAGCUAAAUGUUGGAAGAAAUUUUGCAGACUUGAGAGCGUUGCCGAGAUCCAUUGGAAAUCUCGAGAUGCUGGAAGAACUGGACAUAAGCAGCAACCAGAUAAGAAUACUACCCGAGUCUUUUCGAUUUUUGUCAAAGCUAAGAGUGUUCCAUGCAGAUGAGACUCCACUGGAAGUGCCACCAAGACAAGUGGUCAAGCUAGGAGCUCAGGAAGUUGUUCGGUGCAUGGCUGAUUUGGUUGCUGCGGGGGGUGGCAGUUCUCGACCAGCUGAGAGGAAGGCCUUCUGGUUUUGGCUUUGCUCAUUGUUCCAUCGUCGCAGCAAGAAACACAACAAAGGCACAGGCUUCACAAGCGCUUGAAUCCCUUAUUCCAUGCAAAAUUUGUGUAUAGCACGCUUCCACCACGUUCCUUUAAUCUUUGUUUGUUUCGAUGGAUAUCUACAGUCAAUCGAUGGCUUAACAAUUCCAUGUUUUAAGCUUUGUAAUUAAGUGAUAAUUAUCUUGCUUUUUAUUCAAUCUUCUUUUGCAAGCUUCUUUAUCUACU